CCCAGCACCCUCCUCAUGCUGAUAGGCUGCAGAAUAACACCCAUGUUUUGCUCCAGGUUGUCCCAUGUCCUCCAGAGACAGGGAAGGAAAAUGACUGCAGUGAAGCUGGUGACCUUCGAGGAGGUGGCUGUGUAUUUCUCCAAGGAGGAAUGGGCUCUGCUGGACUCGAGUCAGAGAGCCCUCUACAGGGACGUCAUGCGAGAGAAUUAUGAGACUGUGACAUUGCUGGCAGGAUUUCUGAUUUUCAAACCUGACAUCAUCUCGUGGCUGGAUCAAGGAGAGGAGACGUGGCUCCCUGAUCUCCAUGGAUACAAAGAAAGAGAGAUCUCGAGAAACACCCACACAGCCCCUGCCUUCAUCUAUAUUCAGAGGAUGUGGAGGAAGGAUGGGUCCCCUCCUGUCUCUUCUUGGGAAAGGUUUGGAGGGACUCAGGUGAGGGGACGGUGAGUGAGACUGAGGAGGAGAAUCUUGGCCAGGAAGGUCCUGAGCCAGUGGAACCACAGGGGACAGUAUCAGGAAGAGCUAAAGGGGAUGUUUCCCAGAGUCCUGAGGAGGGAGAAGACCAUGAGGGUCAGAGCGAGCAAGAGACAGAGCAAGGAAACCACUCAGAGGAGAGACAGGGUAGAUCCAGAGGAAUUAGGAAAAUCAAAG